UUGGCUACUCUUUUAAUCUUUUCCUUCUCACCCGUCAACUGAACAAACUGAAAAAAAAGAGAAAGAACGUGAUAGAGACAAACAAAGUGGGUUGAACGUAACCCAAAUAUAUAUAGAAAUAGUACUACAAGUAGUACAAUAGCAGUACUAUACUUUUCAAGAACCAAAAAUCAAACCCAAAAAACGGUUAGGUGUUUAUUCUAUGUAUAUUUGUAUGCUCAAUUACAUAUAUAAGUCUCUAUGAAUGUGAAGUAGUAGAAAAAGAUGAUAAUUUUCAAGUUUCAAUGAAAGCUCAACAAGAAUAAUGAUGUACCAACUGGGCAAAGUAUGUUACAUUUUUUUCAUGCUUUUAUUGUUGUUUGAUUCUGCAUUUGAGUUGAGUUGGGGAGAUGAGAGAUUGGCUUUACUUCAACUAAGAUCUUCUUUAGGAUUAAGAGCCAAAGAAUGGCCUAUAAAGGGCAACCAUUGUUCAAAUUGGAAAGGUAUUACUUGCAAGAAUGGUAGAAUUACUGAAAUAAACAUCUCUGGUUUUAAACGUACCCGAAAUGGGAAUCAAAAUCCUCAAUUCUUGAUUGAUGCUCUUCAAAAUUUGACUCUUUUGGAGUCAUUUAAUGCAUCAAAUUUUGCACUUCCAGGUUCUAUACCUGAUUGGUUUGGUAUUAGACUUGUAUUUUUACAGGUUCUUGAUCUUAGGUUCUGUUCAAUUACUGGUGUUAUUCCAUCCACUCUUGGUAAUUUGAGUAGUUUAAUUGUUUUAUACUUGUCAAAUAAUGGUCUUAGUGGAAUGGUGCCUUCAAGUUUGAGUCAACUUUCAAGUCUUUCAGUUUUUGAUCUUUCAUAUAAUUCACUUGUUGGGUCAAUUCCUGCAUCAUUUGGGUCACUUGGGAACCUUACUUUGCUUGAUAUGUCGUCGAAUAAUUUGUCCGGGGCGAUUCCUCCUGUCAUUGGGACUUUAUCUAAGUUGAAAUUCUUGAAUCUUUCUAAUAACAGUUUAUCUUCUUUGAUACCUGCCCAACUCGGUGACCUUUCGAGUCUGGUUGACCUUGAUCUCAGCUUAAAUAGUCUAGCUGGAGUAGUGCCUAAUGAUUUAAGAGGAUUAAGGAACUUACGACGAAUGAAAAUCGGGAAGAAUUCUCUAUCUGGUUUAUUGCCUGGUCACCUGUUCGUUCCUCUAAGCCAGCUGCAGUUCUUGGAAAUAGACCAUAAUAAUUUUACUGGCAGUCUUCCUGAUGUAUUCUGGUCAAUGCCCGGGUUGCAAUUUCUUGAUGCCUCUGCGAAUAACUUUACUGGUACUCUGUCUACUCUUGGCUCAAAUGUAAAGUUCCCGAGUGCAGUGGUUAACCUUUCUCAGAAUAUGUUUUAUGGGAAUCUGCCGCCUGUAGUUAGGAGAUUCAGUUUUCUUGAUCUAUCAGAUAAUUAUUUCCAAGGCAAAGUUCCUGAGUACUGGCAAAGGAACGUGCCCCUUAAUAGAAAUUGCCUACAAAGAUUGGGAAGUCAAAGGAAUACAAGUGAAUGUGCAUCUUUCUAUAAUGAGCGGAGCUUGAUAUUUGAUAAUUUUGGAGUGCCAAAUGCCAUUGAGCCUCCGUUUCCUAAAUCUGACACGAAGAGUCACAAAAAUGUAAUCACAUUAGCUGCUGUUCUAGGAGGUAUCGGAUUUAUUGCUAUAGUGAUAAUCUUUAUAAUGAUGCUGAUUUUUUGUUGCUGCAAGAGGGGUGUGACAAAUCAAAAGGUCACUGGUGUGGAGCCUGUUCCUGCUAGUGCAAGUCCUCCUGGAGCAUCAUUGAAUUUUUCAAAUUUAGGAGAAGCAUUUAACUACCAGCAGAUCCUUAAAACAACCGGUGAAUUCAGUGAUGCAAAUCUUAUUAAACAUGGACAUUCAGGUGAUCUUUUCCGUGGUAUCCUGGAAGGUGGGAUUCAUGUAGUUGUUAAAAGAAUUGUUAAAAAGGAAGCAUACUUGUCAGAAUUGGACUUGUUCAGCAAAGUUUCUCAUUCUAGAGUAGUCCCUCUUUUAGGACACUGUUUGGAAAAUGAAAAUGAAAAGUUUCUGGUAUACAAAUAUAUGCCAAAUGGAGAUCUCUCUAGUUCUUUGUUCAGAAAAAACAAUUCAGAUGAUCAUAGUUUGCAGUCACUUGAUUGGAUAACGAGACUGAAAAUUGCUAUUGGAGCUGCCGAGGGUUUGUCUUAUCUGCAUCAUGAAUGUUAUCCGCCUCUUGUGCACAGAGAUAUCCAAGCAAGCAGCAUACUUCUUGAUGAUAAAUUUGAAGUCCGGUUAGGGAGUUUGAAUGAGGUGUAUGCACAAGGAGGAGACACCUAUCACAACAGGAUUUCCAGGUUGCUGCGGCUGCCACAAACAUCGGAACAAGGCGCAUCAGGUAGCCCUAAUGCCACUUGUGCAUACGACGUUUAUUGUUUCGGCAAGGUUUUGCUUGAGCUAGUAACCGGAAAGUUGGGUAUCAGUGCAUCUAGUGAUGAUACCAUGAAGGAGUGGUUGGAGAAAACACUGUCUUGCAUUAGUAUAUAUGACAAGGAACUUGUAACAAACAUAGUAGAUCCUUCCCUAAUCAUAGAUGAAGAUUUAUUAGAGGAAGUAUGGGCCAUGGCUAUUGUUGCCAAAUCUUGUCUCAAUCCCAAACCUUUGAGGAGACCAUUAAUGAGAUAUAUCCUUAAAGCUUUGGAAAACCCGUUGAAGGUAGUUAGGGAAGAAUACACUAGCUCCGAACGACUUAGAGCAACUUCAUCCAAAGGGUCGUGGAAUGCUACUCUAUUUGGGAGCUGGCUUCACAGCUCUUCAGAUGCAGCAGCGGCUGAUAAGGUGGAACGUGCAAGUAGUUUUAAACGGUCAGCAACUACAGGGUCUCGUGAAAGUGGUCAUUCUUUCUCAGCUAGACAACACUCAAAGGAGAUUUUUCCCGAGCCAUUGGAUGUGCAAGAUGUGACGAGAACGCGUGAUGAAUAGAAGGUUAUUGUUCUUGAUUCUGUUUCAAUAAUGCAGCUAGCAAUUCAUUUGGGUGCCUAACCUGUUGGUACUCUGUACAUUCUACUCCGAUUCAAAGGAAACUAAUGAAGACAGCAUCAAUUGUUUAUGGCUUUGGCUUUGAAGGUUUUUCCGGUACAGUUUGAUAUACAGCAGGAUUUAGCAGAGUGUUGGUUCUUUUUUUUCUCAAUUGUGUUUUGAUAGUUUGUGUUUGGGUUCAUUCUUUUCUGUAAUUGGUCUUCUCUUUUGCAAGUCCCUCCAUGAAAUGUAAAUUAUAAAGAAUCUGCAGUAUUCAUGAUGGAGGAGACACAGGAAAGAUAGAUUUUGUUGCUUUUUUCAUCUGUGAGAGAAAAAGCCAUAAAUAGAGAAAAAGCCAUAAAUAGUCUCUUAUCUA